CUUUAUUCGAUUUUAAUGAAGACAAAAUGCGUAACCCUGUCUGUUACGGGUUACGCAAAACUAAAUAUUUACACGUUGCUUCGGACAACCUUCCCGGGAUACCGAUGUUUCCUUCAAUACGUUACCAAGUAACGACUAUUACAUAUCAUAAAAAUUCAAUAUUGAUGUCAAUAUACGUCAAUAUUGAAAAAAAAAUGGUUCUUGCAAGGAUUUAUCUAUUUUCUAGACAACAAAGAUUACGAAUGGGUGUUGUUUUUAGUGUUUUAAAUGCGCUACAAGUGUUGUUAGGUAUUCUAACAACGACAUGGUCACUUUAUGUAAUACUGGGUGUUGCUCCUAAAUUGUACACUGAAAAACCAGAAAUCGAUUUCGUUUUUACAUGUACUGGAAUGUACGGUACUCACGUGAUUAUCCACUUUUUGGUUGGAAUGAAAAUUUGUGAAAAAACUAUUUUUAAAGCACACAAAAAGAGUACUAAACAGCAUCUUUUGAUUUGGUGUUUAAUAGGAUGCAACACAAUUUUAAACAUUAUCAUCCUCUCUAUUGUUGGGGUGAAGAUAUCUAAGCACAUCGCGAAAUCAAUGCGACAUUCGUUGGAAAAAGGGAUGCAAAGCUAUUUAACAUCACCUAUGUGGAAAAGAACCAUAGAUAAUUGGCAAUUUCAUAUGCAAUGUUGCGGUGUUAAUGAUUAUAAAGAUUGGUACGAAUUAACUUGGUUAGAUAAAUAUCAUAUUGAUAUUACACAAACAGAAGUUCAAAGUUUGCGUUUGUCACAAGAUCGUUUCCAUUUUCCGGUAAUUCCUUGGAGUUGUUGUCGUAGAAGCUUUCCUAUGCAAUGUCUUCAUGAUCCUCUUCAACAAAUACAAUCAGUUCAUCUUUGGCAUGAACAACCAAAAUUAGUACUCGAGUCGAUAAAUACAGAAGGAUGCUUAGAUAAGCUAAGAGCUCCUAUUCGGUGGUCUUUAAUUGGAUUUACCGUAGUUUGCACAUUUUUGGUUUUAUUUCAACUUGCAAUAAUAAUAGUAUCACGACUUUUGUAUACAUCAUGUAAAAAUUCGAUUAUUUUAAGAGAUCCGGAAGGCGAAUCACCCGGUUAUAUUUUAACACGUGGUUGUAUCGGGAAAGCCCACAAAACAAUUUCUGAAUUGGUGAUCGAUUUGAAAUCUAAGGAAGAUCGAAAAAAGACCAAAGCCGAAUCUACGCCAAAAAAGAAGCUUAAAACCAAAUUUAUUGCUGCGAAAAAUCUCAGGAAGGUUACACUAACGAAAUUAUCGCCAAAAGCACUUCGAAAUAAAAUUCAACAAGUAUCAGCUCGGCAAAAGAAAGAAGAAGUAAUUUCUACGGAAACUUAUGAUACAACGGAGGAAGGUGUGAUUUCAAGUGAAGAUGAACAAGCGUUAAUGCUUAAAUAAUUAAUUGGUUUUUUAAUAUUAAGUUGAAUUCUGUAUUUGUUUAAGUGUUCAUGUAAACAAUAUUUUAAUAAAUAAAUAAUAAACGUUA